CAAAUAUUUUGUUUAACUGUAGCGGGCGGGGCCACUGGAGAGUGAAGACCGACCGCAAAGGCAAGAAAGUAUGAGGAUGCAACGGAUGAAGUCGCCUGGAAAGCACCAAACCUCUUCUCUGCACUUUCAAUUUCGUUUCCCGCUUUCCUCCCUUCUUCCUUUCCGCUCUCUCAGUCUUUUAUCAUCCGAUGGGAAUCUUUCAUCAAUUUAUUUAUUUAUUUACUUUGAGGUGCCGUUAACUGAAAAAGAGUUGUUUGAGGGAGUGUUAAUUCUUUCCGGGAAAAUGCAGACAAGGUACAUGGAAAGAUCUUCCAGUAUGGUUCGGGAAAAACGGGUUCUUAAUCCGGGUUGCACCGAAGAAUCUCAGCCUGCUAAAAAACGCCCUGCUCUUGCCAGUGCGGUUGUUGAAGCUCUGAAGGUUGACAGUAUGCAAAAACUUUGCUCAUCACUGGAGCCAAUUCUUCGCAGAGUCGUCAGUGAAGAAGUGGAGCGCGCUUUAGCAAAGUUGGGCCAUGCCAAACACAAGUCCAAGGUUUCUCCAGAAAGAAUAGAAGGGCGAGGUGUUAGAAGCUUAAAACUCCACUUUAGGUCCAAACUGUCCCUACCCCUCUUCACAGGAGGAAAAGUAGAGGGAGAACAAGGUUCGGCCAUUCAUGUUGUUCUGCUUGAUGGUGAAACUGGAUGUGUUGUGACAUCAGGUCCAGAAUCCUCAGCCAAACUGGACAUUGUUGCCCUAGAAGGAGAUUUCAACUACGAAGAUGAUGAAGGGUGGAGCCAAGAAGAGUUUGAGUCUCACAUAGUGAAAGAACGUGAAGGGAAGAGGCCACUUCUUACUGGGGACCUGCAAGUGACCUUAAAGGAAGGGGUAGGCACCAUUGGUGAAUUGACUUUCACUGACAACUCUAGCUGGAUAAGGAGUAGAAAGUUCAGAUUAGGUGUGAAGGCUUCACCAGGUUGGCAUUGUGAGGGCAUUCGGAUUCGAGAGGCAAAAACCGAGGCCUUUACUGUCAAAGAUCACAGAGGAGAAUUGUACAAGAAACAUUACCCUCCUUCAUUGAAUGAUGAAGUUUGGAGGUUGGAAAAGAUAGGCAAGGAUGGAUCUUUUCACAAGAGGCUAAACAAAUACGGGAUAUAUACGGUGGAAGACUUUCUACGACUUGCUAUCAAAGACACACAACAUCUUCGACAUAUAAUGGGAAGUGGGAUGUCAAACAAGAUGUGGGAAACUCUUGUGGAGCAUGCAAAGACAUGUGUUCUAAGCGGUAAACUCUAUGUAUAUUAUCCCGACGAUACGAGGAAUAUCGGGGUUCUAUUUAACCAUAUCUAUGAAUUUUGCGGACUGAUUGCUGGCGGACACUAUAAUUCUAUUGAUUCUCUUUCCGAUAAUCAAAAGGUGUAUGUGGACAGCUUAGUGAAGAAGGCCUAUGAUAAUUGGAUGCAUGUGGUUGAAUAUGAUGGCAAAUCGCUCUUAAGCCUCGAUAAGAGUUCAGUUUCUUCUCCAAAUGACCCCCUACUUGCCUCGCACAACCUCUCACACUCUCUCCCUAAUCGCCUUUGUCUACCAACUCUCCCGUCUUCAUGUCAGCCGUCUGUGGCCCUGGAACCACCAAACGUUGGAGGUUUUGACGCACUAUGUAUAUCUCCUUGUGUGUCUUGAGUCCAUCCUGAGCGGCCUAUGAGUCACAUUUCGAGUUUUAGUUUUGGAGGGAAGGCAGUUCAAUGUGCAACCAGACCUUAGGUUGAACUAGGCAACUGGCUAACAAAUUUGAUUCAAUCUUUUUAUAUGGUUUGACCUGCCCAAGUGCCUUAUGGUCUAGGUACAAUGAAAGUUUGAGUGGGAAAGUCGCAAUGCAGUCUCACGGCUUUCACCAGAACAUGAGUCGCAUAAAUGUUCCUUUUGUGAAUCAGUCUAUGAUAUGUACGCCACCACUGACUACGAUGGCUCUUACACCUCAACUGCCUUCAACCUUAAAGAAUUUUCUGACUCCAACUGCCACAUUAAACUUCCCUUGUGAUCAUAAUAACUUCUUGACAGAGGAAGAAUUAAGGUUAAGGAGUCAUGAGAUGCUUGAAAAUGAAGACAUGCAACAUCUCCUCCGUACUUUCAACAUGGGUGGCCACCAUACUCACGCUUCUACUACCAGUAAUCAUAAUGAUGAGGAUGUCAGAGAAGAAGAGUGUCGCAACAACCCUGAUCCUUAUGCAUCAUCAUCAAAAUACACUGUGAUGAUGUCAUCACCCAAUAUGCUUUCAUCGACCUAUCGGUUUGGCGAAGAUCAUCGGAGGUCAUGUUCAUCAUCAUCAUCAUCAUCAUCAUCGCCUUUGGGAAAAGCUGUUGUGGGGUGGCUGAAGCUUAAAGCAGCAUUGAGAUGGGGAAUCUUCAUUAGAAAGAAAGCUGCUGAGAGGAGGAGGUGGAAAGCGCAAAUUAUUGAACUGGAUGAUGAUGAAGAAAAUAGUUUUUGGUAGUUAGAUACACAGAUCAAUAGAUGUGUGUGUGUGUGUGUUGAUAAGUUGUUCUUACUUAGUUCCACUUUGCUGCUUAGUGUUGAUGAAGGCACAUUGUACAGAGAUUGCUCUCUGCCAUCACCAAAAAUAACAAAGGACAUUCUCAUCACAAAUUCACAAUUCAAUAUCCUUGAACUCUCUCUCUCUCUCUCUCUCUCUCUGGGUCCUCUUGGAAUGCAGAAAAUGCUAGACAGAAAAUAGAUGAGAUCUUUUGAAGGAAAGAAAAUGUUGAAAGAGAGCACCGGUUCAAACUUUAAAAAUUUAUGUUUAUUUGUUUAUUUAUAUGUAUUACAUAAAUACUAAUAAACUGAAGCAUGUGUAAGAAUUUUGUAUAGAUGAAUCUCGCUUUGCAAUUUUGUAAGCUUAGAUGAUACUACGUAUGUUUUUUCGUAAACAUAUAGUCUAUGUUAAAAAGAUGACUCUAUUUG